GAUCUAUCUACCCAAUAGCAGUAAGGAAUAGUGGAUAUUAGCUUCUAUCUUGAUUGGUGGAAUGUGGCAAAUCAGCCCAUUGAUUUUAUUCUGGAGGUAAAUUGUAGUAUUGGGUUGUUUUCACUUUUUAUUACUAUAAUCUGCAUAUACAUUUUUAUUUUUUAUUUUGUGUGGGGGGUGCUUAAGUGGUGGCCCAAUGUUCUCUUUCUUUAUCAUCUCCUAAAAAAGUCAGUGCUGUUUGGAUUAUACACUUGCUUCAAUUUAUCCAUAUAUGUAUGGAUAUUACGAAGUAGGAACUUAAAAUUAUAUUUAUACUAUAGUAUUAUAUUUUUUAGAAGACAGGCAUAAAUUUGUAUAUGUUUAAAUGAGUGACACAACCACAAUAAUUUGUACAAGGAGAAGGUUGAAUAAUGGCAACAGCGAAUCUUCGCUUUGUAUAGCACUGUCAAGCAUGUGAGGUUAGGUGAUUAGGAUAAACGUCCAAUUAAGCAUUUUAUCAACAACAUAUAACAAUAAUUGGAUAACUUUAAUAUAAUAAUUAAUAAAUUAUGAUAUUAAUCAAGGGCCAGAUCGUCACUCCCUCGCUUAACCAAUUAUAUGCGGCCAACACAAAUUUGGCCUAUAGCUUUUUUUCUUCUUCUUUUUGGAAAUUGAAGUCUCUUAUGUACAAACUUGGCUUCUAGCUUUAUCACAGUGCUUUUUUUGGUUUUGUGGUGCUAAUUUUUGUUAUUAUUAUUUAUUGAUUUGUGCUUUAAACAAAGCAACAUUUUGUUCUAAUCUAUUUUGCUAACUCAAUUGAAAAGAUGUGUAGAUGGAAAUUUCUACGUGGGAGUUGGAACGUUAUAGUCCUGAGUUUUCUACUUGUUAUUAGACCAACUAUCGUUUACUAAUUUAUAAGGAUUCCCUUUUUUAGAAAAGGAAAAAUAUGGAGUCCUUAAUGACGCUAUCAUGUACAAUAGUGAAUUAAAUAAAACCGUUGUCCCAGUUGGUCCACUUAAUAUUUCAUCUACUAUAUGUGUUAAUUAUUAACAUUGCUAGUCUAUUGUUUGUAUAAUUAACAUAAUUUGAAUAUGCAGCUCCAGCUGUCUUAUUUAAGCAAUUCAUAGGUCAUUUCAUAUUUUCUUACAGUCCUAAAUCAAGACUUUGCCAAUUCAAUUUAACUAACCUCUUGAUCAAAAUUUACACAUAAUUUAACAGAUUUUGCUUCAGUUUUGUUACCUUAUAAUAGAUUUCACUUCUUUUUGCCUAAUUUUUCUUGAGUUUUUGCAUGUUAAAACCUUGAGUCAACCCACAGGUUUUUACAUGCCAGUAGUCCAUGUGCAUUUACACAAAUUGCAGCACACGUUGCAGCAAGAACUAGCACAAAAGCAUGCAUAAUGACUGAGUAAAUACAAUCACAGCUUGAUCCAAUCAUUUAAAACAAUUAAUCAUCUAAUUAGUCAGCUCUAAAAUACAAUUCAAUCUCAUAACUAAUAAUAGAAAUAGAGGACAACCCUCCCUCAAUCCAACCCAACUCAACAAGUUGCAAUAGUCUAAGUGUAAAAAAACCACAAAAAAGAUUUUCACUCUUGGAAUGUGUCAGUUAUAAAUAGGCCUCUCCAUCUCACACCACAAUCACCAAAUCUUUCAUGUGUCAAAACAACAACAUGGAGACUCAAAAAGCAUUAGUGUUGCUUACUCUUACCCUUGCCAUCCUAACCACCUCUGCCAAUGCUCAACUGAGAACUGACUUCUACAGAAGCACAUGCCCCAACGUCGAGUCCCUCGUCCGCUCGGCCGUGCAGGCCAAGUUCCGGCAGACUUUCGUGACUGCUCCGGCCACCCUUCGCCUCUUCUUCCACGACUGCUUUGUCAGGGGAUGUGACGCUUCGAUUAUGAUCGCGUCGCCUAACGGGCAGGCGGAGAAGGACCAUCCCGACAACCUUUCUCUUGCCGGAGAUGGCUUCGAUACUGUUGUUAAGGCCAAGGCAGCCGUGGACAGCAACCCUCAGUGCCGGAACAGAGUUUCAUGUGCUGAUAUAUUAGCAUUGGCUACGAGAGAUGUUGUCAACUUGGCUGGAGGUCCAAACUACCCUGUGGAAUUAGGAAGAAGAGAUGGUAGAAUUUCUACCAUGGCCAGCGUACAACGCCAACUACCCGGUCCAGGCUUCAACCUAGACCAGCUCCGAGCGUUGUUCGCCAACCACGGUCUGGACACCACCGAUCUCGUGGCACUAUCAGGGGCGCACACGAUCGGGUUCUCCCACUGCAGCCGGUUCUCAAGCCGGGUGCGGGGGCAGGGGGACCCCACGCUGAACCCACAGUACGCGGCACAGCUGAGGCAGAUGUGCCCGAUCAACGUGGACCCGCGCAUCGCGAUCAACAUGGACCCGGCGUCGCCCAACACGUUCGACAACGCCUACUUCAGAAACCUGCAGGGUGGGAGGGGGCUGUUCACCUCCGAUCAGGUGCUCUUCACCGACGGCAGGUCCAGGAACACCGUGAACCAGUUCGCCAACAGCAACACCGCCUUCAACCAGGCCUUCGCCACCGCCAUGACCAAGCUCGGCAGGGUUGGGGUGCUCACCGGCAACCGGGGUGAGAUUAGGAUUGAUUGCACAAGGCCUAAUUAAAUUUCUUUUUUCAUACCAAAUUAAUUUUUAUUGAAUGUUCAUAUUUGCAAAUAAGAAGUACUAGUCAUGUAUUUGGUGUGAUUCGGAAGAAUGUGAAUUUGUUGGAGUGCCUUACUUUACUGAGCUUGUAAUAACGUGAAGAGUGAAGAAUGAAGAAUGAAGAAUGAAGAAUGAGAUUUUCGAGUUCUAACAAAA